ACUAAUAUAGUAAUAAGUAAUAGCUCAAUUUAUCUCAGUGCUCAUUGUAUAUGGCUUGUGAUUGAAGGAAGGCAGAGAAAUGAACCCCAAUGUUCCACCUCAAUACUCACAUUACCAGCAGGUUGGUGUGCCGCUCCACGGAGAGGAGAUAGCUCAGUGUUCUAAAGAUCAGAUACCUCAACAGAUGUUUCCAAAUCAUAAAGGUCCUAUGAAAGUAUGCUUGAAAAGACCAGAUGGAAGCAUGGUUGAACAGACACAUCUCAGUGUGUCCCAUACUAAAGAUGGAAAAUUUGUCAUUAAUGCGAAUGGAAAUCCUCAAGGAAGUCAAUGGCUGCAGGGAAAUGGACAGCAGAUCCGCGCCAUUCUGAUAGACAACAAACAAGGGGGUGGUCUCCCAUCAACAGUACAAUUACCGUCCGGUGCGCGUAUUGUCUCAUCAAACUCAUCACCACAUCCAGCGCCAGCUGGGAAUGUGCGAAUUCAGCAACAUCAAGUGAGGCAGAGCACGUCCCCUGGAGCCGCAUCUGGACAGAGAAUAGUGCCGAAAGGAAGGGGUCAGAUGAAUCACACUCAACAAAGGCCUACCAUGUCCCGUCAAGUUUCCGCCUCUAAAUCCUCCAAACAGCAUGGUGGACAUGCAACUAUGCAGCCAGCUCGUCCGCCCACUAUGCGACCCACCCACCCCAAUUCCACGCAGUCCAGUGUGCGCCACAUGCAGCCAGCCGCACAGCCCGCCCAACAUUAUAAUCAGGAGAUGAUACAACCUCCACCAGCUCCGGGUCCUAGGUCUGGCUACACUCCUCAGCAGAUGCACAGUGCUCCAGGAUCCUCCUCAGACCACCAAGACGCUUCCGAAUACAACAAACAGCAAAGAUCCGUUCCUCAAUAUAAAGGUGGCCAAACCCCCUCAACUCAAUUUAAAAGGGAACCGACCACUUCAACUCAAUACAAGAGCGGACAGACCCCAUCUGCUCAGUAUAAAAGUGGACAGACUCCCUCUACUCCUCAGAUCCAGAAUAACACUCCCUCCAGACAGGCCCCCUCCACAACUCCUGCCCGGUGGAGUAACAACUCUGUUAUCAACGGUAUCUCUUCCAUGAGCAAUGGUACUGCUUCAGGUUCUCGUAAAAGAGUAUCUCCUGUACAAUUCGACGCUAAACCUACCCCAACCACCACUACUGAUAGAAAGAGACCUAGACGGAGCUCGGAGAGGGGCGGAAAAGGGUUGAGACACUUUUCUAGCAAGGUGUGUGAGAAGGUGAAGUCUAAAGGAGUCACAACAUAUCUGGAAGUUUCAGAAGAGUUGGUCGAGGAAUUCUCACAUCACAGUAUUGUAAAUUCAACCCCCAGCAGCGCCAACUCGUUUGACGUGAAGAACAUCAGAAGGCGGGUGUAUGAUGCGCUUAACGUUCUGUGUGCUAUGAACAUUAUCAGUAAAGAUAAGAAAGAGAUACGCUGGAUAGGACUCCCUACUAACUCGUUACAGGAGUGUCGGCAAUUAGAGAAAUACAAACAAGAGAUACAGCAGAGGAUAAAAGAGAAGAAAAAGAAAGCCCAGGAGUUUAUGUUGCAGCUAAUAGCUUACAGAACUUUAAUUCAGAGGAACAGAGAAAUGGAGGAGAAAACUGGGCCUCUCCCUGAAAACGCAACUAUUCAGGUACCCUUUCUAGUACUGAGCACUGGGCCUGACACACAAAUAGGACUGGAGGUAGCAGAUGAUAGGACCGAAUACGAGUUCAGAUUUAACGAGUUUUUUGAGAUCCAUGAUGAGAUUGGUAUUUUGAAGAAGAUGGGAUUUUGCUACGGUAUUGACACUGGUGAGUUCACCCCAGAAGGCCUAGCCAAGGCUGAGAGCCUGCUACCCAAAUCUGCAAAACCUUUCCUGAAAGAACUAUUUCCUCGUAAAUCCGAAACGGUUGACGAAGAACAGAAACCGCUGGAAAUAGUCGAACACCCUCAACAAAUAUCUGUCAAGUACGAACCUCAAGAACUGACGGAGGUUCAAAAGCAAGCUCUAGAGACCUACUCUUUUGAUGCUCCGACUUACAGCUCCGGAUAUCCUUCUUACAAAGGGCAGCACUCAGUUGUUAACAGUAACCCCGAACAAGCUCCCCUCCAUUCCUCAUCCUUCAACUCUGCGCAAGUGCACGGUGUAGCCGCACAUCUUCAACACGGCACUACAUCAGUCCACGUGCAACACAGCGCUUCAACAGCGCACGUGCAACACGCCACUUCAACCACGCACGUGCAACACGCCACUUCAACCACGCACGUGCAACACGCCACUUCAACCACGCACGUGCUGAAUGUUGCAGAUAAGUCGCGGGAUACAGCCGCUGCGAACACUCUUCUUAGUCUAACCACCGUUAAUCAAUGAUCACGUGAUAUCCUUCUCCCCUCUUGUUAUUUAAUUACAACCUUCAUGUUAUGCUUAUUUCAGACGUUUUGAUGUUUCUUCUGGUAUUAUAUUGUAGCUUAAAGUAUUGUGUGACUGAUUGAGGAAUAAGAUGAGAUUAUCACGUCAAAUUGUUGUAAAAAUACGAAUUAUGUUCAUCCCGCAUUUAAAUUUAAUUGUAAAGCUAGAUUCUUUGUGAUUUAAAGUUACUGAAAUCCAAUUCAGCUCUUAAUAAUGGAGACACCUAAAAAACCAUGUCUUUAUUUACUUUCUUAAUGGAUAAUUAAUUAAUAUAACGAUGGAAUAGUACUACUUGUGAGUGAAAUCGAUUACAUAUUAUGAUUAGAAAUAUUAAAUAAUAUGUUGUAUGCCGACAUAACACGUGACGUGACGUCACACCACGUGAUAUUACGUCACGCACGGCGUGAUGUGAUGUACCUUUUCAGUGAUAUGUUGUAUGCGUGAAUUGAUACUGUUGCGAAUAUUUUAGCGUUUGCUAUAUUUAUUUUAUCGAUGAUCAGAAA